AUGGUAAUCACUGCGCAUUUUAUUGAUAGAACUUGGAAAUUACAUAAGAGGAUUUUAAGCUUUUCCGUUGUUCUAAAUCAUAAAGGGAAUACAAUAGGAAAACUUGUUGAAAAUAGUUUGCUUGAUUGGGGGAUAGAGCACAUGUCGACUAUUAUCGUUGACAAUGCAAAUGCAAAUGAUACGGGUGAAAAACAAGUUGAAGAAUUGGAAAGCCGAUUGCAUGGUUUUGGGUGGCAUAUGAAGUUUAAAGCUUGUGUUGAAAGAGAGAAGAUUGGUUGCAAAAAGCUUUCCGUUCUAGAUGUACCUACUAGAUGGAAUUCAACAUUUUUAAUGUUGGAUAGUGCAUUGAAUUUUCAGAAAGCAUUUGAACGGAUGGAGGAAGAGGAUGGAUUUUAUUAUAAAUAUUUUGACGAGCGUGAAAAUGGACGCGAAAGAGAAGGACCACCUACUAUUGAUGAUUGGGAUAAGUUUAGUUCUUCACUACAUGUUACUUCUAGUCUUUACUUCAAAGAAGUUUGCAACAUUGAACAUGCACUAACAACAUUGAGUAAUAAAAAUGAUCAUUUGCUAAGAAGUAUAGCGUGCAAUAUGAAGGUCAAGUUUGAAAAGUAUUGGGGCACAGUUGAGAAAAUGAACAAGCUUUUACUUUUAGCAAUUGUACUUGAUCCUAGGUACAAAUUUAAGUGUGUUGCAUAUUGUGCAAGUAUCUUAUAUGAUGACAACAAGGUGGAUGUGUUAAAGAGUGAAGUUAUAAAAAUGUUGUAUGCUUUAUACAAUGAAUACAAGGGACGAAGCGAUGAUGAUGAAGAUGGAGACGGAGAUGGGGAUGGAGAUGGAGAUGAUAUGAGUCCAUUUAAUAAAAUUGAGAUAGCGAGGGAUGUGCUUGCCAUUCUUGUCUCUACAAUUGCUUCUGAGUUAGCAUUUAGCACGAGUGGACGGAUUCUUGAUUCAUUUAGGAGUUCUUUAACUCCUAAAACAUUUAAGGUGUUAAUUUGCACACCAAAUUUGUUACAUGAAGAAUCUAGAUUGUUGAAAGUACCCCAAGAUGGAAUUUGCAUUGAAGAGACGGAGUUUUACGAGAAAAAUUGA